GUUUCCCGUCGCGCUCUCCUCCAGAUUAUUGCUUAUUCCACGUUUCUGACUCUUGCUGCAUCUCCUGCACGUGGUCAACAACGAACUCGACGUCCUCCACGCAGCGCGCGACGACCCACGACGAACCGGUAGAGCACAGCUCGCUGCUAUACCACCUCGCCUUCCCGCCACCUUCCAGGAACAUCGCUCAGGAUAGACUCCUGGCGCUCGACCUCGUUUGCUAGCACCGCCAACAUGUCUACCUCCACCUCCCACAUUAAGCUGCGCCGCAAGAAGAAUGUCAAAAAGGGUAUUCAGUUCUGCUUGAUGGUCUGUGGCGCUUCAGGCACUGGCAGAACCACCUUUGUCAAUACCCUCUGCGGGCGCCAGGUCUUGCAGCCUAUGGACGCUGAUGACCCGACAACCGCACACAUCGAGGAAGGCGUCAAGAUCAAGCCCGUAACUGUCGAGCUGGAACUUGAUGAGGAAGGCACUCGCGUGUCGUUGACCAUCGUCGACACACCCGGAUUUGGCGAUAGCAUUGACAACGAGGCUUCCUUCCACGAGAUAGUGUCCUUCUUGGAGAGGCAGUACGACGACAUUUUGGCCGAAGAGAGCAGAAUCAAGCGUAACCCGCGAUUCCGCGAUAACAGAGUCCACGUGCUCCUCUACUUCAUCCAGCCAACAGGUCACGGUCUUCGCGAACUCGACAUUGAACUGAUGCGCCGACUCAGCCCUCGCGUCAACGUGAUUCCAGUGAUUGGAAAGGCCGACUCGCUCACACAGUACGAGGUGGCAGAGAGCAAGAAGUUGAUCAUGGAGGAUAUCGAGCACUACCGCAUCCCGGUGUACAACUUCCCAUACGACAUCGAAGAGGACGACGAGGACACAGUUGAAGAGAAUGCCGAGCUGAGAGGAUUGAUGCCAUUUGCGAUUGUCGGAUCUGAAGAUGUCAUCGAGAUCGAGGGCAGACGCAUUCGCGCUCGCCAGUACCCUUGGGGUGUGGUUGAGGUGGAGAACCCUAAACAUAGCGACUUCCUCGCUAUCCGCUCUGCACUUCUACACUCUCAUUUGGCAGAUCUCAAGGAAAUCACCCACGACUUCCUUUACGAGAACUACCGUACCGAGAAGCUAUCUAAGAGUGUUGCGAGCGCCAACGAGGCAUCGGGCAUUACCACCGAGAGCGACAGCCUGGACCCACAAUCUCUUGCGUCGCAAUCUGUCCGCCUCAAGGAAGAGCAGCUGCGUCGUGAAGAGGAGAAGCUGCGCGAGAUUGAGAUCAAGGUGCAGCGCGAGAUCAAUGAGAAGAGGCAAGAGCUGUUGGCUCGUGAGUCGCAACUCAAGGAGCUCGAGAGCCGUAUGGGACGUGAGCACACACCAAUUCAUCCACUUGUCAACGAGGAUGACGAGACGGACGCUGGCGCCCAGCACUAGAGGGCUUCACACCCUGUACAGGCGUGUGCAAACGUGAUACCCUGCAGUUGCUGUUCGACUGCAUCAGGCUCAAGGACCAGCACGGACACGUGAUUUGGUGCGGAUGAGAUGCUGCAAAUCGUGCCUUCACUCUGGCGAGAUGGACAGCUCCCGAGAAUCGACUGUGGCACACCCCAAGAUACCCUGCAGCGACGGAUUCUAGUUCACCUGGACGCUGAAGAUGCGGAACGGCUUCUACUGAGCAGUAUCUUUCAUAUGUAUCGUAAUUUGAGAGCGGGUUAUCGGCAAGAAUGAGCAGCGCAUGUGUAAAGCAGCAUUCCCAAGGCGUGUACCCGCUCAACUAGUAUGCCCUAUUGCAGAAAGUAAUUAAGUUCCAUUCACA